UCCGUCGGAACAUGCUGGACUUCCCCCAGCACGUCUCUCCGUGCAAAGACAUCCGUGCGGCGAGUACCGAGGCCGACAAGAAGCUCUCGGAGUUUGAUGUGGAGAUGAGCAUGAGGCAGGACGUGUACCAGAGGAUUGUCUGGCUCCAGGAGAAAGCAGAGAGCGCUUCGCUGAAGCCUGAAGCAAAGAGAUAUCUGGAGAGGCUGAUCAAACUGGGAAAAAGAAACGGUCUCCAUCUCCCUGAGGAAACGCAGGAGAAAAUCAAAGCUAUUAAGAAAAAGCUGAGCGUCCUUUGCAUAGACUUCAACAAGAACCUCAACGAGGACACCACCUACUUGCCCUUCUCGAAGGAGGAACUAGGGGGGCUCCCUGAGGACUUCCUGAACUCCCUGGAGAAGACAGAGGAUGGCAAGCUGAAAGUCACCUUGAAAUACCCGCACUAUUUCCCUCUCUUGAAGAAGUGCUACGUGCCCGAGACGAGGAGGAAGGUGGAGGAAAUGUUCAACUCCAGGUGCAAAGAGGAGAACUGUUUGAUCCUCAAGGAGCUGGUGGACUUGCGUGCCCAGAAAGCCAGUCUCCUGGGCUUCAGCACGCACGCAGACUUCGUGCUGGAGAUGAACAUGGCCAAAAGCAGCACGACGGUGGCCACGUUCCUGGAUGAGCUGGCCCUGAAGCUGAAACCCCUUGGGGAGAAGGAACGGGCUGUGAUCCUGGACCUGAAGAAGAAAGAGUGCGAGAAGCGUGGCCUGGAGUUUGAUAACCGCAUCAACGCCUGGGACAUGCGCUAUUACAUGAACCAGGUGGAGGAGACCAAGUACAGCGUGGACCAGAAUCUGCUGAAGGAGUACUUCCCCAUGCAGGUGGUCACCACAGGCCUGCUGGCCAUUUACCAGGAGCUGCUGGGGCUCACCUUCCAUCUGGAAGAGAAGGCUCAGGUCUGGCACGAGGACGUCCAGCUCUACACGGUGAAGGACUCCUCCUCCGGGGAGACCAUCGGCAAAUUCUACCUGGACCUGUACCCACGGGAAGGGAAGUACGGGCACGCAGCCUGCUUCGGCCUGCAGCCGGGCUGCCUCUUGCCGGACUCCAGCCGGCAGAUCUCGGUGGCUGCCAUGGUGGGCAACUUCACCAAGCCCACGCCGGACGCACCUUCCCUGCUGCAGCACGAUGAAGUGGAGACCUACUUCCAUGAGUUUGGGCAUGUCAUGCACCAGCUGUGCUCUCAGGCGGAGUUUGCCAUGUUCAGUGGGACGCACGUGGAGCGGGACUUCGUUGAGGCACCGUCGCAGAUGCUGGAGAACUGGGUGUGGGAGAAGGAGCCGUUGCUGCGCAUGUCCAGGCACUACAAAACUGGAAGCCCCAUCCCUGAUGAACUGCUGGAGAAGCUCAUUAAAUCCCGGCAGGCAAACACAGGGCUCUUCAACUUGCGUCAGAUCGUCCUGGCCAAGGUGGACCAGGCGCUGCACACCCAGACGAAGGCUGACCCCGUGGAGGUGUUUGCCCGGCUGUGCGAAGAGGUGCUGGGCGUCCCUGCCACCCCAGGUACCCAGGGGCACAGGGGGCCACUCUCGCUGGCCUGGCCUGCUACUUUUGGCCCCUUGGCCGGAGGCUACGACGCCCAGUACUACGGCUACCUCUGGAGCGAAGUGUACUCCAUGGAUAUGUUCCACACGCGCUUCAAGCAGGAGGGGAUCAUGAACUGUAAGGUGGGCAUGGAUUACAGGAAUUGCAUCCUGCAUCCUGGCGGUUCCCUGGACGCUUCUGACAUGCUGAGGAAGUUCCUGGGCCGCGAGCCCAAGCAGGACGCCUUCCUGGCCAGCAAAGGACUGAAGGUGGAGA